UCCAAGAGGUCAUCUGAUAUGCCGCAGGAAAUUAUCCAACUUCACUUCCUAGAUAUAUGGUAUUAUAAACAAUGCGAGGCUGGCAGGUUGAACACACGAUCAUGCCUUUCUAGCGAAUGCCAAGAGGACUUAAAACCUUACACUGGUUUGGGCCCUUGCCUAUUUUGUUUUACCGGGGCCGGUGUUGGCGGUCGCCGCAUUUCUGCUGAGUACAGCACGAGUGUGAAGAGCAAAUAUGAAGCCAAGCAGCAUCCCACUGAGUUCUGCACUCCGACUAGCAAACAAGGAGGGAAGUAGGAGGGCUGAACGGGUAAUGUUCAAGGCGGGCAAAAAAAUAAGAAUGUCAGUCUUGAUCAUAACCAUAUGCUGGCUUGCUAUUUUCCCCGAAAGUGAAAAGUAAUUAGGGAGAGGACCUUUUGGAAUACUUAAAAAAAAAAGCAAAUUCAUAAAUUAACUCCUUGAAUGAGCAGUGAACAAAAGUGAGGGCUUGCCAGGCAGCACAUCUGCAAAAUCUUUUUUUUUUUCUGUUUGAAUGUCAGGAAAGAGACAGGGCAGGGCCUGAGGCAGAGGAAGUGAUCUGCUCUUUCACACCCCGCUGUGGUGAAGUUCAGCUCCCGACUACGGCUUCUGUCAUCUGGAAUGUGGAGUCACCUCCUUCGUCGACGCUACGCUCCAAAGAGGUCGUUCUCUUCCUGUCUUCAACCGCCACCCCCUCUCGCCUCCUGCCUGCUCUGCCAGCACGCUGUUGAACCACUGGACGACCCGCCAGUGAGGACGGGACACUUGUGACACACGCCGGCAUUAAAAGCGAGAUCCGAGGAGGAAGCCACAUCUGACCAAACUGUAUCCAAAUGGAAUCUGGCUCUGGAAAACGAGGAGUACAGUCAUCUGUUGAACAUUUUGGAGGCUGUUCCUAUUCCCUUAUAUGGCAACGGAGCUGGGAAAUCAUUUGAAUUAGUCUGGAUUCUAGUUGUAUGCCUGCCCGUCUGCUUUUAGUGCUGACCGAGUUGCAUCUGGGACGGGUCUGCCGUUGCUCUUUUCUUGGGGAGAGUGUGAGCGCUUUCUGUCUGUCUGUGUGUACGAGGCCUGGUUUGUUUGUUUUGCCAUUCUUGGUGCUUCUUUUCCUGUUUGCAAAUGGGAGAUUUUGUUUUGGGACAACAAGAGGAGGGCCUGUGUUUGUGGUUGGCAGUUUCUGCUGCUUUUCCCUCGUCCUCGCGACUGGAAUAGGCAAACACACACCUGGCAGCCAAGAAGCAGAACAGCCUCUAUGCAAGAACGACUGGAGCUCCAUCUGAACAUCCAUCUUGGGUUUAUAUUUCAUUUUUUUGCCCCCCAUUUUCCAUGCGGCCAAUGCUUUUGGGAGCAAACAGAGACCCGGGAAGAACUUGUUACUCUCGAUUGGAUUGACGCGAUCCCAGGGUGAUAGACUUUGAGGACGGUUUACAGCCGAUACUCCUCUCCUCAUGUGGAUUUUCCUCCGUAGACUGACUCUCAACAUUGGUUGCCAUGGCGACGGCAGCAUGGUAUCACCGUGACAUCAGCCGCGUGCACGCAGAGGACUUGCUGGCACGAGCCGGGAGAGAUGGAAGCUUCCUGGUCAGAGACAGUGAAUCUGUGCCGGAAGCCUAUGCCCUGUGCCUCCUGUUCCAACGCCAUGUUCAUACAUAUCGCAUCCUCCCCGAUGGCGAUGGCCUCCUUGCGGUCCAGACCACACAAGGAGUGCAGGUCAACUGUUUCCGGACACUGGAGGACCUCGUUAUGGGAUACCAACACCCGCAUAAAGGCUUGGUCAGCCCUUUGCUUUACCCGGUGCCCCGUGACGCCGACACCGGGGAUGAGAGCUCAGAUGAUGAGAAAACACCUCCAAGUGUCGUCCCUGUCAACACGGUCACCUUCACGACAGCUCCGGCAAAACCAGACCCCCAUACUUUAUUCCUGAAUAAGUUACAGGAACUCAACACAUCCAGUACUGCCAGUGAUGUGAUCAGACUUCUCAACGACUAUCUCUUCAGCCAGCUGCCCCUGGACAUUGAGGACGUGCAUAAAGGGGCGACCAGCCUCUCCCACCUCAAGCGGACUCUGGGUGUUGCCUGCCAGGGCCUUAACAGUGAGAUUGACCUAACUCUUUCGAGUCUGGAAACCCUGGCCAAGGUUUUUGACCAUCCAAGCUGCUCUUUAUCAUACACAAAUUCCCAGGGUCCCGAGAUGGAAAUGGACGCCUUACUGUGUAAGAUUUCUGCAUUGGUCAGCCUCCUUUCGUCUUUGGAGAAAAAGGUACUCAAGGCUCUCCAAGAUGCAGUCACCAAUCACAAUCUGGCUGUGCAGCCAAAUCCGCCUCCUGCGGAACCAACGCCCUCCGUUCCGACUUCGACCAAGAGCCACGGAUGUCGUCAACUGCCAGUCCACUCCUUUCAGGUAAAGAUGCUGCGCUAUGGCAGGCAGACCGUCUCUGUGGAUGUGAAUGCAGGUGUGCUCCUGUUUGACAGGAAGGCCUCCUCAUUCGAUAUAGAGCGGGUCUCGCAUGACAGAGUCCUCCAGGUUGUCAAGUACCAGAGUAGUCCCACCAAAGUACGCGUAGUCAUCGACAGCCACCAUAAUGCCCCACGGGAGAUGAUAUUUGAGAGUACACGGAAGGGCAAUGCCUUCUGCCAACUCAUCCAGCUGAUGAAAACAAGGCACUCCGAGCUGAGUGAACCUGACGUCAUCUCUGUUUUUGUCGGCACCUGGAAUAUGGGCGGUUUCCCUCCUCCUCGCAGCCUGCAGUCGUGGGUCACCUGCUGCGGUUUGGGGCACACCCCCGACGAAUCUACGGCGUCACUGCCUCAUGACAUUUAUGCCUUGGGCACGCAGGAAAACCCUCAGGGGGAGAAGGAAUGGGCGGAACAUAUUAAAGCGACUCUCCGGAGCUACACACAGAUUGACUUCAAACAAGUGGCAGUGCAGUCCCUCUGGAACAUGCGCCUGGUUGUGUUCGUCCAGCCGCAGCACGAGAAUCGCAUCAGCCAUGUGAGCACUGCCAGUGUGAAGACUGGGCUGGGUAACACUCUGGGGAACAAAGGAGCGGUCGGUGUGUCAUUUCACUUCAAUGGAACGUCGUUUGGGUUCGUCAACUGCCACCUGACGUCCGGAAGUGAUAAAGUUCUGAGGCGGAACCAGAACUUUGUGGACAUCCUCAGGCUGCUUUCACUAGGGGACAAACACCUUGGCGCCUUCGACAUCAGCCUGCGAUUCACUCACCUCUUCUGGUGCGGAGAUCUUAACUACAGACUGGACCUUGACGUACAGGACAUUCUGAAGCAUGUAUCUAAGAGGGAGUUUGAGGAGCUCAUGUGUGCGGACCAGCUGACCCGAGAGAGGCACAAGAGGAAAGGCUUUCUUUAUUUUAAGGAAGAGAAGAUUGCAUUUCCACCCACCUAUCGGUACGAAAGAGGCUCUCGAGACUGCUACCUGUGGCAAAAGUACAAGACUUCAGGGGUGCGAGUCAAUGUUCCGUCAUGGUGUGACAGGAUUUUGUGGAAGUCCUACCCUGACACGCAUGUCAUGUGCACGGCUUAUGGGUGCACAGACGACAUUUUCACCAGUGACCACUCACCUGUUUUUGCCACUUUCCAAGUGGGCGUGACGUCUCAUUUCAGCUGCAAAGCAGAUCCAGGUGCGGGCGUGGAGAGGGCCUGGAUUGAGCUGGAAGGCAUCGAGGCCAUCGUGAAGACGGCCAGUAAAGAAAAGUUCUUCAUUGACUUUUCUUCAUCUUGUCUCGAAGAGACACGGCGUUCAAGUGAAAAUGACUCGCAAAGCUGUGACGUCCCCGGCUUUCUCAAACUGGCCUGGUCCUUCAAACAGCUGCCCAAGCUGCUUCCGCACAGGUCUGACAUGGACUACCUUCAGGAUCAGCACCUGCUGUUGUCUGUCAAGUCAUGUGAUGGUUUCGAAUCGUAUGGCGAAUGCUGUGUGGCUCUUCGCUCCCUUGUCGGUGCAUCCGAGCAAUUUGAGACAUUCCUGAGCCACCGCGGUGAGGAAAUCGGCUCCAUCAGAGGACGCGUACGCCUUCACGUGCCCAAGGACCUACGAGGAACCCGUGAGAAGACCUACGAGUGGUUUCGUUUUGAGAAAGAUGAGAAAGGUCCCGGCAGGGGACACAUGUCUCCUGCGUCCACACGAAUCCAAAUAAAUAGGUCCUUGGCAGCGACUCCCAAGCCAACGCCAAGCAGCUACACCAACCCGGCCUACUUCAUCUUCGAGGGCGUGUCGGUGGUCCGCGGGGAGGCUCUUCCACAACGAAGUGACCCGCAGGUGAUCUGGGCCGGGAACGAGGCUCUGCAGCUUCCCAAAAUCUCAGGGAGGCACAUCGACAGCACGAGACCUUGUCGACGAUCGGACUUUACCGAGAUUGAAAUUCCCGCCGUGCUUCCCCAGUACGCUGCAUCCACUCAACUUCAAACGCCUCAACCCAACUCCUCUUAUGAGCUUUUCCCCGCCAAAAAGCCUUCUCCCAUAUCUCCGCCCUCCAGUAAAAGCAUCUCCCAGUGUAAGGACCACUUGUCAAAGCCUAAAUACCACGCCAAAAACAUUUGCCAUGAGUCCGUAUUACCAGAGAAGAACCUCAGGAAUCUGUACAUGAAUCAGUCCGCGAUCACGCGGCAAAAAGCCAGGAGGGACCUCCCGGAAAGGACCGAUCCCAUCAGGAAAACCAAAGCCCCGCCCGUUUUCCAAUUCACCCCUGUUCCCGUUCCUUUGGGACACUGCCGGCCUGCUCCUUGGGUGGCGGAACAGCAGCAGCUGCAGCCCCCCGGGCGGACGGGAGACAACUCCCUCACGGCUCUGCAGAUUGCCAAAACACUCAGUGAGGUUGACUUUUUCCACUCAAAGCAAGGUACUCUGUCCUAUCCGGGCCAGAGGCCAGCCUACAGGAAUGGUCCUGCGUUGCACAUGGAGAGGCGCCAAAGUUGGGAGAAUGAGGUAUCUGUGCUUCAAGGUGCUCCAGAGACCGUCUGCGAGCUCCUCAGUGCCCUGGGCCUUCAGAAAUACACCCUGGGACUCAGCCUUAAUGGCUGGGAUGAUCUGGAUUACUUCAGCGGCAUCACAGAAGACGAUCUGCGUGCUGCAGGAGUUACCAACUCUUCCCACCGACGCAGGAUCUUGGACAACCUGCCCAGGAACUGGAACUAACAUACGCUCAAUUAAAAAAAAAAAACAUGGACAGGAAGAAAACAUGUUUUUUGCCAAAAGAAUGGUUUCAUUUCGGCACUUCACUCGUGGCAAUUGUGGAGCCAGCUUCAACUUUUCAGGGAUUUUUGUCUUGACUUAAUGUUAAUGCUGCCAUUCAGUGAACGUUUUGAGGUACACUAAGUAACAUCUUGAUUUUCGUGCGGAAUCUCAGGAUAAUUUUCUUUUCGGGAACCGCUGUUCUAUAUCGAAGCAACAAGCCAAGGAAAAGACAUCUGCUUCCCAUACAUUUUUCUUGCAUUGCUCUACUUGUGUUCCUGGCUGACGACCAUUUUGUGCUUUUUUUUUCUGGACGGCAUCAGAAGUGGGUCGGAUUUUGUUUCUCCCACUUUGUCAUCAAAAAUAGGCCACUUGUAUCUUAGUUGAUUCGGUCGGGAAAAAAAAAACAAAAAAACCCUCAAAAUAUAACCAAAAAUAUGGUGCAAGAAUCAAAGAGGAAUUCGGAAUUUUAUCGAAAACAGGUGGCACUUAAAAACAAUUGUCUCAUCUCUCCUGUCUCCCACUCUGUAUCUUUCCACAGCGUUUUGACUUUUAGCUUUUGCAGUGUGUGUGAAUCCUAAUAAAAGGUUGCCAUUGAUAACAAGCCAGAGGAAAAUGAUAACAGCAUUGAUGCAACUCAGAAGGGAACUUACCACCACAAUAUAAUUUUUUUUUUGUGUUGACAGUGACAAAGAACAAAGCCAAAAUGUUACUUUAAGGAUGACCUGGUGAAAGUUUUUGGGUAAAUCUCACCCAUCAACCAUUGACUAUAUGUGCCACAAGUUGGCAGCAAAGCACUACUUAUGUCUAAAUGAAGCUCCUCGACUCAUUUCAACAUAGUUCCUUGUCACCAAGAUACUGCGAGAUGGUGUCAAAACUGUUUUUUUUUUUAAUGCUUUGGCACAAAGUCAGCUGGGAUGGGCUCCAGCACGCCCCGCAACACUUGUGAGGAUAAGCAGAUUUGAAAAUGGAUGGAUGGAAUUCCGUCUGAUUCAUUUUGUCUGCAUAACCUGAAGGCAAGUGUUUACUUUUCAUCCACUCUCCCCUCACCGAAUCUACUUUCUGCUUCUGUUGAGCCUGGGUCCAACCUUGUAAAAAAGCCCACAAAUAAAGCUCUAUAGUGGUAUCCAAUCCAUACAAUACAUACGUAGUCAAGUCGAUUUCAGCUCCGUUUACCGUCUCGUACUUUUUCUAUCAUGUCACUUAAUCAGCACUUGUGUCCGCUGUCUGUCCACAAGUAAAGUGCAUUUGAUGACCUUC